GCUGUCUCGAAGGACUCAAACCUUCUGAAGGGAGGAGAGGUAUAUAGGGUCAAUUUCAGGAAUCUAGAAAAACAAAGCAACUUUGAAAAUAAAAUCAUCCAGAUUGAACUGGAAUCCAGGUCUAGCGCACCGACGUCGAUCAACGAUGCUGAAUUUGAAGAUGGAAGAGACGGCGAUUGUUUGGUCGCUGCUCCAGUCGGAUCUCCGGCCGAUCGAAGACGUUCUCGCGGAAUUCAACUCUAAGUUCCCUCGCUCUCGUCACUUCACUGCCUGCACUUCUCUUUCCCUGCUCUUACAGGAACUGAUGAUGCUACGGAGUACUAGUCGUCUAAUUGGAUUUGCUAUCAUAUACCAGUGUUAUUCUUCCCAGAAACCAUCCUCCAACCCGUUUGUAUCUGAAAUGAUAAAUGCUGCUUGUAAUGAGCAAGCGGAAAAGCAUGAGAGAGCAUUUCUUCUUCACCUGUUACAAUGGAAUGGUUACAAAAACGCUAAAGAGAUCCUUAAACAGUCAGCUGUUGAUUAUGCCAAAUCGUUUGAUCCUUCAACUCAUGAAUUUCCGGAGCUAGGAGAGCUGCAACAAGAGUAUGGGAACAAAGCCAAUCCUGGACCGUCGAGUCACAUUUUUGCAGACUAUGCCCUAAAAAAGCUAAUGCAUGAUCCUGAUGUUCCUCGUGGGUGCGAUCCUAACUCUCCAGAGUUUGAUGUGCAACCUGGAGGGAAUACCAAAAUUGGAUCCGGUGACAGAGAUGAGGCCGUAUCAGGAAUAUUGGGAAGUUUGACAAUGGGGGGAUUAACUCCUAGAUGGAUUCGUCCAUGUCCUCCGAGGUACCCAGUUCAUAAGAGCGAGUUGCUUUGGAUUGAUCCUGAUAACAAGCACGAGCUUAUUUGGGACGAUAAAAUGUGUGCUGACACUAGCAGAGGCGCUACAGUUAGAGACUUGCUUGUUAAGGGUUUAAAGGUGACACUUUCACCUACAGAGCAAGAGGACAUCACUACAGAAUUGGCAAAUGACCCAAAGCUUGUCUAUCACUGUGGAAUAACUCCACGGAAGCUGCCGCAAUUAGUAGAGCACAAUCCUCAGAUAGCAGUUGAGAUCCUCACCAAGUUGAUUAACUCACCAGAGAUUGCUGACUAUUUUACAGCUCUUGUAAGUAUGGACAUGAGCCUGCACUCAAUGGAAGUUGUGAACAGGCUCACAACUGCAGUUGAGCUUCCCAAGGAAUUUAUACGCAUGUACAUCACUAAUUGCAUAUCGUCUUGUGAGAACGCCAAGCAGCAAGACAAAUAUAUGCAGAAUAGGCUUGUACGGCUUGUUUGCGUCUUCUUGCAAAGUUUGAUUCGUAACAACAUCAUCGACGUGAAGGAUCUAUUCAUAGAAGUUCAAGCUUUCUGCAUUGACUUUUCACGGAUUCGAGAAGCAGCUGGUCUCUUCAGGCUCUUGAAAACAUUGGAAUGAAUAAUUUACUCUUUCUUCUUCUUCUUCUUCUUCUCAUCUAUCUUCGUCCCCAUUUGAUCUUUUAUUUUCGAUUUUUUCGAGUUCUUUUGUAGCUAAAGAAAUGACUUUUUGAAUUCAAGACUGUUUUAUUUAGAUUUUAUGUUCUUAAUAUAGAUGCUUUUGACAAAA